UGUGAACAAAUAAUUUGUGUUUAAAAUAGUCUUAUUAAAAUUCUUUUACUGUUGUUUUCAGGCUGUUUGAGUUCAGGAAAGUAGUUUCGGAUCGAAAUAGUUGUUUCAAACUGGUAGAUAAAGAUUAUCCUGUUCAAAUAGACAAGGAAGAAGAAUGGUCCGAUUGCCGUGUGAUGGAGGGUCACUUCAGAUCUCCUUUUGUUCACUACCUGCCAGGACUGUUGCCUGUCGAGUCUGAGAAUGCUCACUUCCAGGUGAUCCUGCCCAAGAAGUGGGCCAGUGAGUACUACAAACCCAUAUGUCUUCACAUGGCUGGCACAGGGGAUCAUUACUUCUGGCGAAGACGUCAGCUGAUUGCUAAGCCAUUAUUGAAGGAGGCUGGUAUUAGCUCAAUUCUUCUGGAGAAUCCAUUUUAUGGUUUGAGGAAACCCAAGGACCAAGUACGCUCAGUGCUACACAACGUCUCGGAUAUAUUCGUGAUGGGUGGCUGUCUGAUAAUGGAGAGUCUGGUUUUGUUCCACUGGUGCGAGCGGCAAGGCUUGGGACCUCUGGGUGUCACUGGCAUGUCAAUGGGCGGCCAUAUGGCAUCUCUGGCAGCGACAAAUUGGCCCAAACCUUUAGCCCUUGUGCCUUGUCUGUCUUGGUCCACAGCCUCUGGAGUCUUCACUGAGGGAGUCAUUAGUGGUGCGAUAAACUGGGAAAUGCUGAAAAACCAAUUUCAGUCAGAUGAGAUAUACAAGGCUACACUCCAGAAAAUGGUUUCAAUUAUAGAAGAUGAUGCUUUCAGAGCAGGCCAACAGUUUGCGAAGACAUUCGAACAAAGUAUAGAAAAAAUGAAAGAAAGCCCUCAAGAACUGCAAUCAAGCAAAAGCACUUUGAUAAGUGAAGAAACAAAAGAAACUGUAUUACAGAAACUAAAUAGUGAAGCGGAUAAAUAUGACAAAACAGAGGUAAAUGUAGGAGGAUUGUUUAGACUGAGUGUCCCAAAUCUAAGCAAACUGAGGCUGAUCAAUGUUGAUGACAGGAACGUGAUGAUGCAAAGUUUGAAUGAAAUAAAGUCAAGUACAAAACAUUCAGUUCAAAAGAUGAACUGGCGGGAGCAUGAAGCUCUCCACUUCAUGCGAGGUAUUAUGGAUGAGUGUACACAUCUGCGCAACUUCAGUGUGCCUGUGGACACAAGUCUGAUUGUGUCGGUCUGCGCGCGAGAUGAUGGAUAUGUGCCACGUGAAGGAGUUACCGAUCUCACUGACAUAUGGCCCGGUGCAGAGGUGCGCUACCUGGAGGCUGGUCAUGUCAGUGCGUUUUUAUUGCACCAGAAGUUUUUCAGAACUGCAAUCAUUGAUGCCUUCAACAGAUUAAGAAAUAAGUACAUGUUCAAGAUGUAAGAAAUACACAGAUAUGUAUGUACCUUGUCAUGCAAACUUUUGUAGUUCUAAUCAACAUAAUCCGGAUCUGCAUUUCAAAAUGUAAUUUAGUGCCAAAAAAUAUUUUCUAUGAAAUAGAUAUUUUAGUUCACUAAAAUUCAAACUGUGACUGAUUGUAUGUGAUAAAGUUCUCAAAUAUGCUGUCACAUAUCCGUAUACAAUAUGCAGCAUAAUUAUUUGUAUAUUUUUGAUGUUAUAUAAAAAUAUAGACAAAUUUUAUCUA